UACCCUUUAUAUCUGCAACCCCCAAAUAGGAAAGCUGGACUAAGCCAAAACCCAUCUCCAAAACAAUGAGCUCCGUCUGCAUAACGAACUGCCUAAACGACACCGUGUGCAGCGACCGCCGAGUCCCGGUCCGAGCCACGUAUGUGAACCUCUACAAGUGGCCCGAGUCGGAUGCUGAGUUUGUGCGCUCGGUCACCGCCCAGGGCAACGACCACCACCGCUACCGCGCCAAGGUCGUGGACAGCAUCUCGUGCCGGCAGAUAUACCUGAGGAGCUACCCCUUCUCCAAGGAAGAAGACCAAGUGUGCAAGACCAAGUGUUUUGGUAGAGAGAGAAAGAGGAAGGACAACAAGGAGACAACAAGAGGAAGGACAAGGGGGAAGAAGAGGUGUGUGAUGUUGAGGAGGGUGAGGGAGUUAUCAUGGAGUGCUGUGUCUCAGAUCUUCCACAGGCUACUCUCUUGCUCUGCUAGUGUUGAUGUUGUGGAUCACGAGUAAAAAAACAAGGAAGAAAUUGGUUUAGAAGUCAUUCGGUUUGCUAUAUGUGUCGUUGUAAGUAAGAAUGUAAAAGCACAAUCUUUAUUGCUUACUUGUUAUAUUGCAAUAUAAGUUCUCAUCUUGCUUCUUGA